CAGAAGGAGAGAAGAGGUGGUAGCACACACCUCAGCUGCAAUCACAGAGAUGGAAACAGCAGCAUUGCGGAACUGACUAGCUGUGGUUGCUGCUGCGAAGCUUUUUGAAGGAAACUAACUUCGGGAGAGAAACUUAACUUCUUCCCCACAGCGAAUCGCCUGAGUCACGCAGAGCGUCGUUUCCGGCUCCCUGUCUGUCUUAGUAUGUGCAGGGGAAACUCUGCUUCGCCGCCGGUGACGCUCACCAAAAGCUCUCUCAUCGUCUGAAUUUAGAGAGAGGAGAGAGUCUUAAUUAAGCUGUACAAUGCGUUCAGAUAGCAGUUAACGAAACAGCCGUGACAUUUUAAUACGCAGCAAACCAGAUGCGAACUCUCACAUUCACCUGGAGAUUUGCUGCAUUCGCGAUGAUCGUGACUACGAGACACUGAGCAGCUGUAUCCCUCCUCUCUCUCUUUCUCCCUCCCGCUCUCUCUUUUGUCUUUUUCUCUCUCUCGCUCUCUCUUUGCGGGUUCACUACAAGGCUACCAGCCAUUUAGCCAUUUCAGCAGUGCAAUGGAGCAGCUCAGAUUCAGCACCUUGGACACCGCUGGAGUUCUACUGUGUUUGUUCGUGAUCCUGGUCCGGUUUACGGUCACCGCUGAGCAGGAGGGAGAGAACCUCUCCGGUCUGUCCACCAACCCGGAUAAAGACAUAUUCGUGGUCCGAGAGAACGGGACCACCUGCCUCAUGGUCGAGUUCGCUGUCCGCUUCACGGUCCCCUUCGAUGUCCUCGCGCUCAACGGAAUAGAUCUUAUCACGGAGAAUGCGUAUCUGGCUCUGCCUCGCGGGGCAGACAUAGAGGGGAAAUGCGGGAGCCAGGAUGCCCAUAUACACAUCUCGUGGAAUGAUAACGCCUACACACUCCGCAUCUACUUCGUCAAGGAAAUCAGUGGCAAGGGACAUGUGUGGAAAAUUAGCAAGGUGCAGUUCGUUUAUGACACCUCGGAGAAAACGCAUUUCCUCAACCCAUACAACCCUGGGAAGCACACAGCCAGCACCCACCAUUUGUCAGCGUUAGAGACCCCUGCUGGCCGCUCAUAUGUCUGCGAGGCUAAGCAGACACUCACCCUCAUCUCCAGUGACCACCAGAAGGGAGUGACUGUUGCCAUAAGUGACGUCCAGAUCCAGCCCUUCGACAUCAACUCAGAUUUCAUGUUCAGUGAAGCCUAUAAGUGCAUCACGGACCAGAGGGAACAGCUGGAGGAGACUCUUCCUCUGAUCCUGGGCUUCAUCCUGGGCCUCAUCAUCGUCAUCACACUGUCCGUCUACCACUUCCACCUUAAACUGACCGCUGCCACUCAGUCUCAGCUGCCUUGCGACCGAUCCAUGUACAACAACAUGUAAGGAACUGGACAUUUAAACAGCUACUGUACCACAAAUCUCCCUGGUCAAGAGGAAUAUGUAAGAAAUCAGAUAUUAUCAUCACAAUAGUACAACUCCAUGUUCAAGGUAAUAGGACAUUGAAACAAGCACAACGUGAUGUUCAAGGUAAUAGGACAUUGAAACAAGCACAACUUCAUGUUCAAGGUAAUAGGACAUUGAAACAAGCACAAUGUGAUGUUCAAGGUAAUAGGACAUUGAAACAAGCACAAGGUGAUGUUCAAGGUAAUAGGACAUUGAAACAAGCACAAUGUGAUGUUCAAGGUAAUAGGACAUUGAAACAAGCACAAUGUGAUGUUCAAGGUAAUAGGACAUUGAAACAAGCACAAUGUGAUGUUCAAGGUAAUAGGACAUUGAAACAAGCACAAUGUGAUGUUCAAGGUAAUAGGACAUUGAAACAAGCACAAUGUGAUGUUCAAGACAUUACAACCACUAUACUAUAAAAUCAAGACAACAUGACCACUCUCCAUUCAAGGAUUGGACAUUAGAACAACAAUCAUUGACUACAAUUAUAACCGCAACGCUCCUGCCUCUCCAAAGUCAAACCAACGUGACUUCCCCUGCUCUGAACUUCACCAUAUAUUGGAGAGAAGGCCAGAACUUGAUGGAGGCCUAACUUGCAAUAUGGCUAACUUGAGAUAUGCUUUUGAGUAAAACCAUGCAUUGAAGUCAAUUGGAGACUUGCGCAACAUUUGAUUUACGCGCAGAGAUUUUUCAGUUAGCAUCCCACCCAUAGAUGGUGUUCUGUUGUUUGUGUCCAUAAAUCGUGGUUAUGUGGAGAAGCCUGCAGUUUGUCAUUCCCCAUCCCCUGUCUCUCUGUCUUUCCUGUGAACAUGCUGCAAAACAAGUUGUGAAAGUGGAGAGUGUUGUGCUGUGUGCAGGUGUUUCAACGACCCUCAGAAAUCAUGAAAAAUAAAGAAUUGCAGGCAGUGUAUUUACUUUGGUUUAAUGGAUCCUUUUCCAGAUCCCAUUUUAUGGAAUUAUAUCAAGAACAAAUAUGAAAUAUGUAAAUAAAAAAAUAAUAAAACAUCUUCUGUAAAAAACUUGCAAAGAAAUUAUGUAAUAAUUUAUCUUCAAUCAGAAUGUCAGAAGAACAAAGUGUAUCAUUGUGAAAGAAAUGUGCGAUAUUUAAGCUUCAAAAAUAAUAAAUGUACAAUAUUUUCAGAAAGAACUAUGCUGAUGCAAACUAAUGUUCACCGAAAUAAAUUUCCUAGGAGAUGUCCUAAA